AGUUUUUUUUUUGUGUUCUUGGGAGAGUUGCUCGUCUUUGAUCGAAAAUCAUCUGUCAUCUGUCUUUUCAUGUAGUUGCUUGCCGCAAGAACCACGUGUAUUCGAGGAGAAUUUUGUGAUUUUUUUAUAGUUGAAGCAAAUAAUCAAGAUGCCUCUCGCUGUAGAUUUGUUGCACCCAACCCAAGAAAAGCAGAAGAGGUCUCACAAACUGAAAAGGCUUGUGCAGCAUCCCAACAGCUAUUUUAUGGAUGUCAAAUGUCCAGGAUGUUACGCUAUUUCCACAAUUUUCUCUCAUGCCCAAUCUGCUGUAGCAUGUAAGGGUUGCUCAACCAUUCUGUGCACAUCGACUGGUGGUAAAGCUAGACUCACCGAAGGCUGCAGUUUCAGAAGGAAGCCCCACUAAUAUGUAUGGAGAAUAAAUAAGUUACAUUAAUUAA